AGCGGUGCUUCGGGGGCGCAGGGCCUGGGGCGGUGCUGGCCAUGGCUCAUCGUUGCCUGUGGUUGUCGCGGGGCUGUUAUCGGCGUCCUCCUGCUGGGGUCUCCGGAGCUCAGCAGCUGCUUUGGGGUCAAGGCCUGGCAGCACCUUCGCGCUACCUGAGAUUGCUUCAUGACCAAGUGGCCACCCAAAUUCCUACAAACAGAAACAAUGUCCUUGCAAAUGUAAUUGCUGCUUACAGAAGGCUCUUCUCCCAGCCACCAAAAGGAUUUGAAAAAUAUUUUCCUGAUGGGAAAAAACCUAAUGAAACAAAAAGUUCGAAUGGAGAAAUCAAAGAUACAAAGCAAGCUAAUUCCCAGCAACCAACUUCCAAGACUGGCAGUGGCGGCGGAGGAGGUGGAGGUGGAGGUGGAGGUGGAGGGAAAAAAGGAGGCAAGAAAGAAGAUGCCAGGUGGUGGUCCAGAUUACAAAAGGGUGAAUUUCCUUGGGAUGACAAAGAAUUCCGUUUUUAUUUCAUGGGCGGUUCCAUUUUCUGGGCUACUGUUACGUAUUACUUUUUCUUCAGGAAUGUUGGGAGAGAAAUCACGUGGAAGGACUUUGUCAACAACUACCUUUCCAAAGGAGUGGUGGACAAGCUAGAAGUGGUGAACAAGCGCUUUGUUCGAGUGGUCUUUGCCCCAGGGAAGUCUCCUAUUGAUGGGCAAUAUGUCUGGUUUAAUAUUGGAAGCGUGGACACUUUCGAGCGGAACUUGGAAACGUCACAUCUUGAGCUGGGAAUAGAAGGGGAGAACAGGAUACCUGUUGUGUAUGCUGCUGAGAGUGAUGGCUCAUUUCUUCUGAGUAUGUUGCCAACAGUCCUCAUAAUUGGCUUUUUGCUGUACACAUUAAGAAGAGGGCCUCUUGGAAUGGGCCGAACAGGACGGGGGAUGGGGGGACUCUUCAGUGUGGGUGAAACAACAGCCAAAGUGCUCAAGGACGAAAUAGAUGUGAAGUUCAAAGAUGUCGCAGGCUGCGAGGAAGCUAAACUAGAGAUAAUGGAGUUCGUUAACUUUCUUAAAAACCCCAAACAGUAUCAGGAUCUUGGGGCAAAGAUCCCAAAGGGAGCCAUUUUGACAGGACCUCCAGGCACAGGGAAAACUCUUCUAGCUAAAGCAACAGCCGGAGAAGCCAACGUCCCUUUCAUUACAGUCAAUGGGUCUGAGUUCUUAGAGAUGUUUGUCGGCGUGGGUCCUGCUAGAGUUCGUGAUUUAUUUGUUCUGGCUCGAAAAAAUGCCCCUUGCAUUCUCUUCAUUGAUGAAAUAGAUGCAGUGGGAAGGAAAAGAGGACGGGGUAACUUUGGAGGGCAAAGUGAACAAGAAAAUACACUCAAUCAACUGCUAGUAGAAAUGGAUGGUUUUAACACUACAACAAACGUAGUUAUUCUGGCAGGCACCAACAGACCAGAUAUCUUAGACCCUGCACUUAUGAGGCCUGGGCGUUUUGAUAGACAGAUCUUUAUUGGGCCACCUGAUAUAAAGGGGAGAGCAUCUAUUUUCAAAGUCCACCUUAGGCCCCUGAAAUUAGAUAGUAGCAUCAGUAAGGACAAUUUGGCACGAAAACUCGCAUCACUUACUCCUGGAUUUUCAGGUGCAGAUAUAGCUAAUGUUUGCAAUGAAGCUGCCCUAAUUGCUGCAAGACAUCUUUCAGAUGCCAUAAACCAAAAACACUUUGAGCAAGCAAUUGAACGAGUGAUCGGAGGAUUGGAAAAGAAAACACAAGUAUUGCAACCGGAGGAGAAAAAGACAGUAGCAUAUCAUGAAGCUGGCCAUGCAGUUGCUGGGUGGUUUCUGGAACAUGCUGAUCCACUUCUGAAGGUAUCUAUUAUUCCUCGUGGCAAAGGACUGGGUUAUGCUCAAUACUUGCCAAAAGAGCAGUAUCUGUACACCAAAGAGCAGCUGCUUGACAGGAUGUGCAUGACUCUGGGAGGACGUGUAUCGGAGCAAAUCUUCUUUGGAAGAAUUACAACAGGAGCCCAAGAUGAUCUAAAGAAAGUUACUCAGAGCGCAUAUGCUCAGAUUGUUCAGUUUGGGAUGAAUGAAAAAGUUGGGCAAAUCUCAUUUGACCUUCCUCGACAAGGAGACAUGGUCUUAGAAAAACCAUACAGUGAGGCAACUGCAAGACUGAUAGAUGAAGAAGUGCGAAUACUUAUUAACACAGCUUAUGAACGGACAAUGUCUCUCCUAAAUGAAAAGAAAAUGGAGGUGGAAAAGGUUGCUUUACAACUCUUGGAGAAGGAGGUUUUGGAUAAGAGUGAUAUGAUUGAAAUGCUGGGCCCUAGACCGUUUGCUGAAAAAUCCACUUACGAAGAAUUUGUCGAAGGCACAGGCAGCUUAGAUGAAGACACGUCACUUCCAGAAGGCCUUAAAGACUGGAACAAAGAUCGUGAGAAAGAGAAAGAGGAGACGACAGAUGAGCAGAUUGCCAGACAAAUUACAGGAGACAUGCCCUUUUAGGGUUGAAAUCGGGUGGUGUAUAUGAACUGGCACAGUGUUUGUGUUGCGCACUGAAAAAGAUUGGGGGAAACCCUUAAAUUUAAUCUCCACUAAGAAUCCUCCGUUAUGAAAAUAAGGAAGCCAGUGGAAGUGAUGGAGCUACGGGGGGGUGGGGGGUGUUAGCAGAGGAGAAUUCAAAUUCCAUAGAAUCCAUGCUGCAUUCUAAAACUCCUGACAACAAAAUGGAGAUCUUACAGCCAGUGCGUCUAUACUGAGCUCCCUUCUAGCUUUGCAAGUCUUCAGAUCCAUAUCUGAGUGGUGUAAUUCUUCUCCAUUGCCAGAUAUAAGCUAACACAGAACUUGAAUCUAGUUGGGGUAACUCAAAAAUAAAAUCAUCUGCCUAUGUUAAGUCGCCUUGCAAGUUAGUAUGCAGGAAAUGCAUUGCUGACAUUUAUCAGGAGUUCAGGUAAUUUAAGACUUUCUGUUGUAUGAAAACAUUCACUUUUCCUUUUUUUAAAAAUGUAUUCUUUCACCAUGCCAUUUGUAAAAAAAACAACAAUUAUGCAGGUGUCAGCCAUGGAACAGCAAACCUGCUAAAGAACUUUUCCAUUAGAGUUAUGGGCCAGUGGUUACAAUGAAGUGUAAAAUCUAAAUUAUAUUAUUGCAGUUUUAUUAAAGUUUUUUCUACAUGAAGUUGUAAGAUAGUGAACAUAUGAAUGUAUUGUAUUUUGUAAAUACAGUUUGGAAACAUUCAAUAAAAUCAGUGCACUGGACUGUACAAAAGCACAAA